AUGGCGACCAUGUCAUUCUUCCUCCUCUUAUUUUACUUGUCUUUGUUCAGUGUGCUUGGAUUAGAAACUGAUGACUGUAAGCCCACCAGAUGCAAGAAACACGGGCCUAAGAUUCAGUUUCCUUUCAGGAUAAAAGAGCGAAGCCCGGAAUACUGUGGGUACCGAGGUUUUGAAGUGUUUUGCGACGAGAAACACGAGACUAUGCUUCUACUGCCAUCCUCUGUACAAGUUGUAGUAAAGGACAUCGACUAUGUUACUCAACAAAUUCAUCUUUAUGAUCCUGAAAAUUGCUUCCCCAGAAAGCUACCACAGCUAAACUUAUCUUCAUCCCCAUUCUUCCCAGAUUACUACCGCAAUUAUACCCUGUUUAAUUGUUCUGCACCUUUCGAAAGAAAUUGUGGUAUCCCGAUUCCUUGUCUUGAUGAUUCCAGAUAUCAUAUUUUUGUCGUUGAUAGUUAUGAAAUGGGUUAUUGUCCAUUGGCUUCUUGUACCCAAAUACAUGAAUAUUCCCUACCAUUAUACCCUUUUUCUUAUUCGAUGAGUGGUGAAAAUUCCCUCUAUCUGAACUGGUUAGAACCUGCAUGUGGUAUCUGUGAAGCUCAAGGACAGAGAUGCAAAUUAUCAACUAAUUCUACUAUCACACAUCAAAUUCAGUGUGUUGACAUUGACAAACCCAAAACGAACAGUAAGCAAGUCAUUUUACUGUUUCCAUCUUUUUGCCAUGCAUGUUUUCUUCGCUUGUGCCUUCGUCCAUUUCCCUUCUAUUCUGGAUAUAGACUUCAAGGAGCAUCAAAUGGCCCACUGCUUGGAGGUGCUUUAGGUACUUGCCUUGUUGUCACAAUACUCGCAGCUCUCAUCCUUCUUUACAUCUCGAUUACAUCAGACAGAGAGAACCACAUCAAGAUCGAGAAGUUUCUAGAAGAUUACCGAGCCCUCAAGCCCACCAGAUUCUCCUACUCCGACAUCACAAGAAUCACCCGCAAAUUCAGCGAGAAACUCGGCGAAGGAGGUUACGGAACGGUUUACAAGGCCAAACUCUCCACCCAAAUACACGCGGCCGUCAAACUUCUCCACAACUCAAAGGGCAACGGCGAAGAGUUUGUGAACGAGGUGAGCACCAUCGGCAGAAUCCACCACGUCAACAUCGUCCGUCUAAUCGGUUUCUGUGCCGAGGGCUCCAAACGGGCCCUCGUCUACGAAUUCCUCCCAAACGACUCCCUCGAGAAGUUCAUCUUCCGCUCCUCCUCGUCGAGACCAUCCCUCGGCUGGCCUAAGCUCCGAGACAUUGCCCUCGGCAUAGCCAGGGGCAUUGAGUACCUGCAUUUUGGCUGCGACCACCAAAUCUUACAUUUCGACAUAAAGCCGCACAACAUAUUGCUCGACCGGAACUUCGGGCCCAAGAUAUGCGAUUUCGGGCUUGCGAAGCUCUGCUCCAAGGAACAGAGUGGAGUGACGAUGACGGCUGCUCGGGGGACUAUGGGCUACAUUGCUCCCGAGGUGCUGUCGAGGACUUUCGGAAGGGCUUCGUAUAAGUCGGACGUGUACAGCUUCGGGAUGAUGGUGCUGGAGAUGGUCGGGGGAAGGAAGAAUAUGGACCCGAACUUGGACACCAGCCAAGUGUAUUUUCCUCAAUGGGUUUACAAUCGAUUGGAUUCGGAUUUUGGGGAGGAUUUCUGGGCUGGGGUGGAGGAAGGGGAGGAUGGGAAUGUAGCGAGGAGACUGACUAUUGUGGGGCUGUGGUGCGUACAGUGGAGUCCGAAUGACCGUCCGUCGAUGAAAGAGGUUGUUGCGAUGUUGGAAGGAAGUGAAGAGAGUCUCGUGAUUCCUCCGAACCCGUUUGCUGAUAACAAUGCUAGAACUUCGGUUGCGCGCGUGAUUUCGGGAAGGUGGCAGCAACAUCAUCGGAUAGAGUUGGGUACCGUGCAAGAAACAGAGUAUUUCAGUGCCUAA